AUGGGCGUUUGGGAAACAGAUGAUGAGUAUCUAAGUGGGCCGGCUGCCACCUCGCUGCCGACUCCUUUGGAUACUCCCUAUCGAACACCUUCAAGGACAUCGAAGAAGUCACGACGCUCGAUCACACCACCAGACCCAGAUUCGUCUCCACCUCAACUACCGAACGAAAUGGGUUCUAAAAGGUCAUCCCGGAAUGCCACAACCGAUGAAAAUAUCAGCAUACUCGACCCUCGACGAUUUACUCCUACCUUACACGCUAACUUGGUAUCCGAGAUUUUGAACCUUCGACGAGAUCAGGAAGAAAAGAUUCGACAGAUCGAGACCCUAGAAGCAUCUCUGCAUGCCACAAAAGAGGAGAAGGACAACCUAAAACAGAGCCUCACUGACACUGGCAAGGAAAGCAGAUCGCUAAAGCGACAACUUUCUCUCCUUGAAGGGGGUUCCUCAUCAGCACUUGGAGAGUUAGCACGAGAAAGAGAUGAUGCAGUUGAGUCUGUUGCUGAUACGAGAAAGCGACUGGAAACUGCCCAAAAGAAAAUUCGAAUCCAGGAGGAGGACUCAGUAAGAGUCCACGAUCAAUGGGCUGAAGAGAAAGAAGAGUGGGAGAACGAAAGACGGAAGUUUGAACACCGUCUUCACGUCGCGGAAACUCGCCUGAAGACUGUUCUGGAUGAAGUCGCUGCAUAUCAACAAACCCAGUUGAAGAACGUACCUGGUGGAGCCCACCACGCUGGUCAUGACAGCGAAGCCGAGGAAAGUGGUCGCGAGAACGACGCUACCAGCAUCAGAACUAUGAGCAUGACCAACAGCGUUCGGUUUUCUUUCACCAAUGGUCUCGGGGCAUUGAGAUUGAACGGCAAUUCUUUGGCUGACGAGCUGAACUUCGACGAUGAGGACGAGCAGAGUGACUUUGACAACGGUCGAGAAAGCGCCAUGUCAAAUUAUGGUCGAGAAAGCGCCAUGUCAAACUAUGGACCUUCCUUCCAUGCUCGAAAUCUCAGCCGAGACAGCCCGGUAAAGCGGUUUCAUGCUCGAAACCAGAGCCUCGAGAGCAUCAAGAGGACGGGAAGUGUGACUCGUGGAAGACUUUUCAUGAACCCCCCAGUCCCAGAAGCCUUAGAGGAUGAGGAGAAUGAGAACGAGUUGUCUACUGCCAUUGCUCCCAAAGUUUCAUACACCGACACGGGAAUCCAGUACUCGCCACCCCCUUCACCCAAAUUAACUCCCGUGAAACCCGCAACUCCCGAGCGCCCAACUCGUACCAAGACCUCUGAAGUCGAGUGUUCCCCGAGAGCAGACGGGGAGAUUGAAGCCAACCAGCGCCGGAAGCGUGUUCAUCGCCCGCUCAGUCUCGAACCUACAGCGAUUGAACGCGUUAUGGUCUCAGCCUCUGUCCAAACGAAUGAAGAGCCACUGGUACCCCCAAUGACACCCAAGUCGCCUACUCGGCCACCACCACCUCCCCCAGUACAGGCUUCUGUAGUUGAAAAGCCUUUGAUGGUUACGUCCUUUACACAAACCGACAGCCCGCCCCCUCGCCCAUCAUCGGCCACACCAGGCCGUUUGCCAUCACCGCCUCCGCUUGCAAUUCCAAGUAUCAGCGUGCACCCUCCCAGCACCCGCCCUAGCACGCCCAAAGAGCCUCGGUUACCUGUUCUCCAUAAAGACUUCGGAUGCCAAGUUAGAAUGCCUGAAUCAAUAUCAACAGCUGAAGCGGGUGUGCAAACUGAAGGCAUCCAGACGGAUAAGCGAAUGGCCCUACUGCCACCUCAUCUCCAGCCUUCUGCCAUUUCCUCACGCCCCUCUUCACCCAAUCCAUCAUCUGGUAUCGACAUAACAAAGAGCUUUACCCCUGUCCCUGGUAACGUGCCACCACGAAACCCCCGUCGGCUGGAAAGGCAGAGCUUCGGCGAGCAACCAUCAUCUCCAAUCUCUUUGCCCGAGGAUGACUCACUUCAUGAUAUUUACCCAGGGAACAACGAUGAUGGGCCCCUCUCUGGCCAGAAAGCUCCAAUGCGACGACCGCAUCGUUUCAGCAGCCUCUUUGCUGGCUUCGAUGGUGGUAGUUCUGAUGAAGCGGAUGACUUUGGUGAUGCCGACUUGAGUGAUCUGGAGUAUCGAACUGCACUAUCUGCACCUCGACCUAAGUCUAUUUCUAGUCGUCCCGGUAAGCGUAGCUCAACGGGUACGACGGAUACCUAUGGUACAAUUCCAACAUCACCUGAGCAGGUUAUGUUGCGUCAAGGCCCUCGGGUUGCCACAGAACUUCACCAGCCAUUCACAAUCAAGUCUGGAAAGGGAUUUGAAAAGGGUCCUGCUGCCAUGCCGUCCAAUCGGGCCAGUAUCAUGCGAAAGUCGGCCAUGAUCCAGAGUGGCAUUACAAGCCAUCAAGGCCCCAGUUCAACUGACACCAAAAACCCUCCUCCAUUCCCUAUCCCUACCAGAGCUAGCUCCAGAAACGUCCCAACAAGCACAAGUGCUCCAAGUGACGGCCAGAGAAGCCCAACUCGUGGCGAUUUCUUCCAGCGUCGUGGAUCAGGCCGUGUUUACCGUGCCGGUAGUGUACGAAAAGUCCGUUCUGCCGCUGCAUUGCCGCGCCACCACCGACAUCGCAAGCAAGAUAGUCGGUCUUCUGCUCCAUUGUCCCCUUCCACUGAAGCACCCGAGAGUCCAAGUCUCCCUCCUUUGCCAAGGAAUGAUAUUACAACUCCUCGUACUCGUGCUCGCCAUAGUGGCCAAUAUAAGCAUCACCACAAGCUCUCUACCAACACGGAUAACACUUUUAACACUUACAAUACUUCCAACACUUACAAUACCGGAAACACUCUCAACACCUCCAGUACCGAUCCUCCUCCUUCCACGCAGAGCGCUGCACAGAACACGAGUGUGGUAGAUGCUAUUGCUCAGACCAUGGUUGGCGAGUGGAUGUUCAAGUAUGUUCGCAGAAGAAAGUCUUUCGGCAUGCCUGAAAGCAACGGCAAGGAUGAUACUGGUAACGACCGUCACAAGAGAUGGGUUUGGCUCGCUCCUUAUGAACGAGCAAUUCUAUGGAGCAGUAAGCAGCCGGCCUCGGGCACCGCCCUUAUGGGCAAGCCUGGUCGAAAGUUGACGAUACAAUCCGUACUUGAUGUCAAGGACGAUAAUCCUCCACCAAAGGGGACAACAUCAGUCUUCAACCGAUCUAUUCUUAUCUUGACACCGCAAAGAGCUCUCAAAUUCACGGCAGAGUCUCCUGAACGUCACUAUAUCUGGUUGACGGCGUUGUCUUUCCUGGCACAUUCGUCUCAGGCAGUCCCCGAAAACAUUCCAGCACCACCAAAAAUUCAGCAGACACCGCUGCCUGACUUUGAGGCACCACAGCCCAAAUUGAAACGGGGCGGUAUCAGAGAUUCUAUCCGUCUUGCUAAGGGCCGCACGGUUGGUCGUGCUGCACCACCCAGUGUCCCUAGCAUUCCAAGUGUGCCAUCUUCACAACUCGGAGAUGCUGCGAACUUCCCAGCUAUAGAGCCUGCUGAAGGACCUGCAAAUACAUACUCCCGGGAUGAUUCUAUCGAUGCCGCCCAGCCCCCACUGAUACCACGAUUCCAUGAUCGUAACCAGCCUGUUGCUCACGGCCGCAAGAGGAGUAACACAGGUGGUCAUGUGCCCCCGCCGCUUUCUUUCCGAGGGUUCUCUGGCCCCAUUACUGGUCAUCAAUCAGCAAAUAGCACCGCUGGAAACAGCACCGGGACAGCAGGUUCCUCCGAUAUCUACCAGUCCCAACCAUCAAAUAACGGAGCUUGGGCGAUGAGCCAGACAGGUUCGCAGCGAACAUCAGAAGCCUCGUCUCGUCCGGGCAACUUCUUUGAUGCUAUCGGCACUGUACGAAUGGAGGCCUUCAUUAGUCCAUUGGCAUUUUCUCAAUUCAACGAUUACCCCGAUGAGCAGGACGAGUUUCGGCACUCGCUCCGACGGCGAAGCAAAGAACAACGAAGACGACAAAGUCGAAGCCGACACCGAGAUAGCUACAAUUCUCGUAGCACUCGUACAACAAACGAUGAUUAUUAUCACGGAAGUAGAACAGCGGGAGAGGAAGACUAUUUCCGUGACGACCCUUUCAGGGGAUUUUAA